AUGGAACCAAAUCUGCAGUCGAAAUCUGAAAGCCUGGAUCAUAUAAGUACAGAGGACAAACAUGAGCAGAUUUUGCUGGCUCCCUACAGAUACAUCUGUCAGAUACCAGGCAAGCAGAUAAGAACAAAACUAUCAUCUGCAUUCAAUUAUUGGCUGCAGAUUCCGGAGGACAAGAUGAAGAUCAUCUCUGAAGUCAUACAGAUGUUGCAUAAUGCAAGUUUAAUCAUUGAUGACAUAGAAGACAAUUCCAAGUUACGCCGAGGCAUUCCAGUUACCCAUUCCAUUUUUGGUGUUCCACAAACAAUAAACACUGCCAACUAUGUUUACUUCCUUGGCCUGGAGAAGUUGUUUACCUUGGGCAAGCUUGGCGAGACAACCCGAGUCUUCACUGAACAUUUGUUAGAACUUCAUCGGGGACAAGGGAUGGACAUCUACUGGAGAGAUGCUGUCGUGUGUCCGACUGAAGAGGAGUACAAGCUGAUGGUUAUCAGAAAGACCGGAGGUUUGUUUGGCCUGGCCGUACAACUGAUGCAGCUCUUUAGCACCAAUAAAAGCAAUUUCAAGCCCCUGUUGGACAUUUUAGGUCUGUACUUUCAGAUCAGGGACGACUAUGCAAAUCUGUGUUCUAAAGAGUACGAAGCUAACAAGAGCUACUGUGAGGAUUUGACAGAGGGAAAGUUUUCAUUCCCAAUUAUCCAUGCCAUCCGGGCAAACACGGAUGACACUCAAGUUUUGAGCAUUCUCCGACAGAGAACGGUGGAUAAUGAUGUCAAGAAGUAUUGUGUGGAUUACCUGGAAAAGAUUGGCAGCUUUGAGUACACCCGGAAGGUUCUACAAGAUCUGGAGGAACAGCUGCUGAAGGAAAUCUCAUCUUUAGGGGAUAACCCCUACUUGACAGCCUUAGUGACCGAGCUACGGAAGAUCUACUCCCAGUCGCCAGCUGAUGCAAAUAGUUAA